CUGUCUUUACCUACAUACAGCUGCAGUCACCAUGUCUCUCUUUCUCCUGAUCACUCUCUCUCUCACUCACACUAAUCCUUCCUCCAAGAGGAAAGCGAAUUCAUAACACCGACAUCAAAAAGCCGACGACAUUCAAACAAACAAGCCCAGAAAUGUGGCCGCCAGCUCUCCCCCUGGUCCUCCUCCUCCCACUCGCGCUCGCCUCCACCGCCCUCACCCACUCCCACUCCUCCUCCUUCUUCCCCACCGCCUCACCCUCACUCUACGACUGGAGCUCCGCGCGCGCCACCUACUACGCCGCCUCAGACCCCCGCGACAAGGUCGGCGGCGCGUGCGGCUACGGAGACCUCGAGAAGGCCGGGUACGGGCUGGCGACGGUGGGGCUGAGCGAGGCGCUGUUCGAGCGGGGCCAGAUCUGCGGCGCAUGCUUCCAGGUCCGGUGCGUGGAGGACACGCGGUGGUGCAUUUCGGGGACGUCGAUCAUCGUGACGGCGACCAACUUCUGCGCGCCGAAUUACGGGCUCAGGCCGGAGGGUGGGGGCCACUGCAACUCUCCGAACAAGCACUUGGUGUUGCCCAUCGAGGCCUUUGAGAAGAUCGCUGUUUGGAAGGCUGGCAAUACGGCCGUCGAGUAUCGCAGGAUCAAGUGUAGAAAGGAAGGAGGAAUUCGUUUCACCAUAGAUGGUUCUAACAUCUUUAUAUCAGUACUCAUCAGCAAUGUUGCUGGUGCUGGAGACAUAGUUGCGGUGAAGGUCAAGGGUUCAAGAACCGGUUGGCUUCCAAUGGGACGGAAUUGGGGCCAAAACUGGCAUGUAAGUGCUGAUUUACUGAACCAACCUCUUUCUUUCGAGGUCACAAGCAGCGAUGGCCACACAGUUACAUCUUACAAUGUUGCUCCCAAGGCUUGGAACUUUGGGCAGACCUUUGAAGGAAAGCAGUUUGAGUCUUAAAAGCACCAUUUGACGAAAUAGUGCAAGGGACCAUUUUUGUGUAUCUUACAAGGGUGUGUGAAGGAAAAAUGCGUGUGAAUAGCACUAUCCUAUGCUUAUUCUACUUUCUUUCAGUAGGAAAAUAUAGUUAGAUCGCAGAUGAUGUUUUUGUACAGAGAUGUGUGUUGAAGCUUAACUAUCAAAAGGUCCCGGGAAGUAAACCGAGAUGCUUGAGGUAUAGGUUCCUUCAGGAUUAUGGUGUCAUGCUGAUGCUCAGGGCAUGCUAUAGAAUUAUUAUAGUUCAGUAAGUGUCGACUGGGUGUAAUGACGCGAGACCAGCUAGGGACGGUGAUAGGGGAUUGGAACAGAACUGCUCCGGUUGCUAGGGUAGCGGCUUGGGGGUCGCCGGAGAUGAAUUCAGUGGUCUGAUAGUGGCAGGGUGUGCAGGCAAGAGUAUAUGUUGCAAUAGUGAUAAAUUUCUUCCUUCCGCUUAUGGUCGAUUGAUCCAUGGUUCAAAUGUCUUGCGGAAUUUCCCUCUUCGGGUUUAAUCUAGUUUUGUUAGGCGUGUUUGCAAUUG